UCAGUAAUUUAAUGGUGUCUAUUUUUCCCGGGUUCCUAACGCUCGGCUCCUCGAUCGUUGCUUUGCUAACUGCAGUGAUACUGGGUGGAGUUGGUACACGGCGUCACUGCUUUCAGCUGAAGCCACUUGAAUUCUUUGUGAUUUUUUUUUUCCUCUCUUCCUUUUUCCCUCCCCCCACUCUGUUGUGCGAGAGUCUUUUCACUGGUAGAAUCGAAGUGAUCGGGGACUGGAUGGAGGGCUACUGCAGAGAGCGGCUUGUACUCAGAAUCACGCCGACUGCACACGCUCCAUAAGCGGGGAGGGAGAGAGAGAGAGAGAAGGGAGGGCUUGGGUAUACAUUCCGUGCAAGACCCACCGUUGUGGGUGACAGGAGUUUUUGGCGUGGGUGGGGGGGAGGCGGGUCUUUCCCCCCUCCUCUCCUUCCCAAGCUAAGAAUGGAUCACGUUAUUUCAAUAACUGUCCAACUUUCAAUGGGCUUUCACUGGAAACCGAGCAACUGAGGAUCUCCGAAACCCCCCCCCUACCCUCCUCCCUGUUAUCUUGUCAAGGCUAAUACAGGAGUAUGUCGUUCCCCCAGCCUGUUGCCCUGUCUGUUAGGACUGCUAUUGCUUUGAGUGCUCAACAUUUUCAAAAGAGGUGCCUUUUUUAAGAACUGAAGUUGGAUUGUAACUCGGGGCGAGCAGCUGGCAAGUGAACGAUGGUCUACUCAGGGGUCGCCUUGUGGAGAUUGUUUUGGGUCGCCGUGGGUUACGGGCUGAGCGCGGCUCAGGAACCUUUCGCCACUCACUCCAUCAGGAUCGAAGGAGAGCUCACCUUGGGUGGCCUUUUCCCAGUUCACGCCAGAGGGCCUAAGGGGACACCCUGUGGGGACCUCAAGAAGGAAAAGGGAAUCCAUCGCUUGGAGGCGAUGCUUUACGCCCUGGACCAGAUCAACAGCGAUCCGGACCUCCUGCCCAACAUCACGCUGGGAGCUCACAUCCUCGAUACCUGCUCGAAGGACAUCUACGCUCUGGAGCAGUCGCUCACUUUUGUUCAGACUCAUAUCCAGAAGGACACCACGGAUGUGAGGUGCACCAACGGGGAGCCCCCGAUCUUUGUCAAGCCCGAGAGGAUAGUUGGCGUGGUUGGGGCUUCCUCCAGCUCCGUGUCUAUCAUGGUGGCCAAGAUACUGAGACUUUUCAAGAUUCCGCAGAUCAGUUAUGCCUCUACCGCGCCAGAGUUGAGUGAUAACAGCAGCUAUGCUUUCUUCUCCCGUGUCAUUCCACCAGACUCUUACCAGACCCAGGCCAUGGUGGACAUUGUGAAGGCUUUUGGAUGGAAUUACGUGUCCACAUUGGCUUCGGAAGGAAGCUACGGCGAGAGUGGAGUGGAGGCCUUUGUGCAGGUCUCCAAGGAAGCUGGUGGGAUUUGCAUUGCUCAAUCUUUGAAAAUCCCAGCGGACCCCAAGCGAGCAGACUUUGACAAAAUCAUCAAGAGUCUUUUAGACACACCGAGGGUUCGUGGUGUAAUCAUUUUUGCCAAUGAAGAUGAUAUCAGGCAGGUCCUCGCAGCUGCCAAAAGAGCAAAUAAAGCAGGCCAUUUUAUCUGGAUCGGCUCUGACAGCUGGGGCUCGAAACACUCUCCAGUAAAACAACAAGGGGAAAUGGCUGAGGGGGCAGUCACCAUUCUACCCAAAAGAGCCUCCGUGGAUGGUUUUGACACUUAUUUCACAAGUCGGACUUUGGAGAACAAUCGAAGAAAUGUCUGGUUUGCAGAGUUCUGGGAAGAGAACUUUGACUGCCAAGUGACUCGAACAGGAUCGAAAAAAGACACAGCAAAGAAAUGCACAGGCAGUGCUGGAACCCCUGUCAUGUUUGAUGAUAAAGGAGAUGCUCCAGGCCGUUACGACAUCUUCCAGUAUCAGCUUGUUGGAAACCAUACCUGGGACUACCGCAAAAUUGGCCAAUGGACAGACCAUCUUCAUCUCAAGGUAGAAGACAUGCUCUGGCCACGGGGAAGCCAUGAGCUCCCUACCUCGGUCUGCAGCUUGCCGUGCAAAUCUGGAGAGCGUAAGAAAAUGGUGAAGGGCGUAUCCUGCUGUUGGCAUUGUGAGCUAUGUGAUGGCUAUCAGUAUCAACGCGACGAAUUCACGUGUUCCCUUUGCAGCUACGACAUGAGGCCUAACGAGAACCGGACUGGCUGCAGCCAAAUUCCGAUUGUGAAGCUCGAGUGGCAUUCACCGUGGGCCAUUAUCCCAGUGUUUCUUGCCAUGCUUGGAAUCAUUGCCACUAUUUUCGUGAUGGCUACUUUUAUACGGUACAACGACACACCAAUUGUACGGGCGACUGGACGGGAGCUCAGUUACGUUCUUCUCACAGGGAUAUUCCUCUGUUACAUCAUCACCUUCCUAAUGAUUGCCAAACCCAACAUGGGAAUUUGUUCGUUCCGCCGCAUCUUCCUGGGCCUCGGAAUGUGCAUCAGUUAUGCAGCUUUAUUGACUAAGACCAACCGGAUUUUCCGCAUCUUUGAGCAGGGCAAGAAGGCUGUGACAGCACCCAGACUCAUCAGCCCGACAUCCCAGCUAGCAAUCACAUCCAGUCUCAUAUCAGUCCAACUUCUCGGAGUCUUCAUCUGGUUUGGGAUUGACCCACCAAAUACCAUCAUCGACUACGAUGAGCAGAAGACCUCUGAUCCUGAGCUGGCGAGAGGAGUCCUCAAAUGCGACAUUACAGAUUUACAAAUCAUAUGCUCCCUGGGAUAUAGCAUCCUUCUAAUGGUGACAUGCACUGUUUAUGCCAUCAAGACAAGGGGCGUCCCAGAGAACUUCAAUGAAGCUAAGCCUAUAGGAUUCACUAUGUACACUACCUGUAUAGUAUGGCUUGCCUUUAUUCCAAUAUUUUUUGGGACUGCUAAGUCAGCAGAAAAGAUGUACAUACAGACUACCACCCUAACCAUAUCCAUGAACCUAAGUGCUUCUGUGGCUCUGGGUAUGCUAUACAUGCCGAAGGUUUACAUCAUCAUCUUCCACCCAGAACAGAACGUCCAGAAGCGAAAGCGCAGCUUUAAGGCGGUGGUAACUGCAGCAACUAUGUCUUCACGACUAUCCCAUAAAUCCUCAGACAGGCCUAAUGGUGAAGCCAAAACAGAGCUGUGUGAAAAUGUAGAUCCGAACAGCCCAGCAGCCAAAAAGAAAUACGUAAGCUACAAUGAUCUUGUUAUUUAAAAACAGCCUCCUCCAGAGAAGAGGGAGGCCAGGAUCUUCAGACAUCAGGCACAGGUCUCCAUACGCCCUACUGCCCAUCUAUGGAGGAGUCUGUAUCCAGGCUUUAUCUUUAUGAUUGAACAUGGAGGAUCCAGGUGUUUGAUAUGUGCUCCUUGAGAAAUAAUUCGUUGAAACAACUAUUGGAUUUAUUGGACUUGCAAGCCACUGGCACUAUUGUGUUGUUAUGUGCGUAACCCGGCGCAUCAGUCAGAGCUAAAACCAAUGCAUCUUUCCUCGUGGGCAAACUACAAGUGAAAAACGGAGCUCUCACAGGGCUUGUUAAAUCUUUGUCAAAAACUGCAGUCUGGAAGUACACUCAAAGAAAAUAAAAUCCCAUCUAUAUAGUUUGUGAGGUUUUGCGUAGUGCAUCUUUGUUGCUUCUGUUUCACUGUUGCUUCCUGAAUGCAAUUACACUUAUUAAUUGGUCUUGGAAUUCCCUGUUUAGUCAACAGUUCAUGUCUUGUUAUGCCCCCUAUGGAGCUAUGUGAUAAAGGACUAUGAAAGCAUGUUAAUUUUCUACAGUUUGUUUGUAAUAAGUAUUGACAUUAAUCUUGAUGCUUAUGUGCCAAUAUUGUGGAAUAUUCUUUCAGCCAAACAUAUGUUUUUUUUAAAAAAAUGGUCACUCAUUAAUUGGAAUAAAUGAUGUUGUUGUCAAAAGAAUGUAUCAGCACAAGAAAUAAAACCAUUUGGAUUAAUUUUUUUAUU